CGAUGUCUCCAAUAUCAGCCAUUCAUUGGUUUUCCCUCCCUCCUACUCCUCUUCUUCUUCGUCGUCGUCUUCGUUCGCCAUUGAACCUUCGAACUCUUAACCACAAGACCCAAAUUCAACAUCCGUCUGAGUCUCAGGUAUAUUUUUGUUGAGAAGGAUAAAUGGAAAUGAAUGGGUCACAGAUUGAUAGAACAAGAGUUGGGUCGGUUAAAACAGCUAUUAGCUUUUAUGGUGAUAAGAUUGCAGAUAGUAAUACCUCUUCUGUGAAGAAAACCUACCCGGAUUUCUCGGCGAAGCCAUCUCCAAAAGGAAGAGAAACCCAAAGAGUGAGAAGGGAUGUUAAUCAGAACAAAGAAAGCAGAUGGGCUGCAGAAUCUGAGCGAGCUAAUCCAAAGAACACAGUGAAAGGUAUCUCUUCAAAGAUUGAAGAAUCAGGCUCGAAGGCGAAGGCUUUGGUUGUUAGGAAAAAUGAGAGUUACGAUUAUAAGCAUGUCAUGAGAGAGUUGGAACUCAUUAAGCAGGAAUUGCAGAAGCUUAAGUUUGAUGUAGCUUCUGUUAUGGAGGAGAAAUUGCGAGCUGAGGAGGAGAUAAAAGCAUCAAGGUCAAAGAUUCUGUCGGGUUCAAGAGCUGCAGAUGAACUUAGGAAGGAGAUUGAGGAUGCUAAUGAAGAUCAUGUGCUUGCAGAAUUGGCCAGGAUAGAGGCUUUGAAAGAAUUAAGAGAGAUUGAAGCUCAGAGAGAAGAAGAAGAAGCUCAAUUCUUAUCUAAAAUGGAAACCACUAAGAAAAAGAUGAAGGAGGCUACUGAUGAGAUAGAGAAGUCAAAAGAGCUUGAAAUGAAACUAGCUGUGACAAUGUCUGAUGUUGAAAUUUUACAGAAUGAACUGAACUCGGUUAGAGAAUUGGAUGGAUCAAGAGGCUCUUCUUUGUUACAGAAUAUAACACAAGAACUGCAAGCAGCAAAGAGAGAAUUGGCUUCAAUCAAAGAAGAAGGUUUUCAAUUUAUGGCUUCCAUAGAUGUCAUAAGAAAUGAGCUGAAUCAUGUGACUACUGAGUUGGCUCAAGUGAAGGAGGAGGAGGGAAAAGUGGAGUCGAAAGUUCAGAAUCUCAAUUCAAAGCUUUUGAGAGCAAAAUCAAAACUGGAAUCUGUAUCUAAUGAUGAAGAAAAAGCCAAAUCCAUAGCCACGAGCUUAUCAGUUUCUCUCGAAGAACUAAAGGCAGAAACAGAAGCAGCAAGAAAGGAAAAGGAGAUCAUUACUCAAGAGAACAGAACCACCAAAGAAGAAAUCAAAGCAACUGAGCUUGAGAUUGAUAUGAAUGAGGAAAAACUACAGGCUGCCAUGCAAGAAUUGGAAGUAAUAAAAGCAUUAGAAAGUGAAGCUUUGGAGAAGCUGAAAACUCUCACUAAAAAUACCAUGAGAGAAAGAGCUUUAGCAGCUAAGCAUAGUUCUACAAUUACUAUCUCAAAAUUUGAGUAUGAGUAUUUAACUAAUCAUGCAGCUGUGGCUGAAGAAAUUGCCGAUAAAAAAGUUGAAGCAACACAUGCAUGGAUCAAAGCUCUUGAGGCAAGCGAACAUGAGAUAUCAGUAAGGACUAAAAUAGUUCUGAGAGAGAUUAAAGAAACAAAGAAGGAGGAAGAGAUAAUGGAGGUUAAUCCGAAGGAGAAGCUGGUUUCAAAAAGAGUUAGCCAAGACAGGCUAGAGAAUCUGGCAGGAAAACGUGGGAAAAGUUCAAGCAAUUAUAAUUUGCAGAGAUCAACAUCUAGAAAGAGCAUCAAAUUAUCCAAUGGCACUAUGGUUCCUGCCAAGCAAGCCAAGUUUCAGAAGUCAGCUUCACCAGCUGGUAGGCAUGUGAGUCUUUUCGCUAUGAGGAAGAAAAAGAUGGUAAUCACACAUUUGGCCAGCCUUUUUAAAGGCAAGAGAAACACAAGGAAUUCAUAUAUCAGAGAAAAUGAGAGAAAACAAUGGGACUCUGUAUAAUUUGCUUAAAAUGUAGCAGAGGGGAAGAGGGUGAGGUAAACAUGGAUAUUCCUCUUCAUUCCCUCCUCUUUUUCAUUUUUCCACUUUUGAGUUAUUCCCACGAUAUUCAUCUUUCAUUUUCAUGCUUCA